AUGAAGCGCAUAGAACCCAUUCUCGAGAAACUCAAGAGGAGUGGCCGAAGGCGCUUCAGCGAACUGCUUCGUAGAUUGGAUGCCUUCGCCGACGAAAUCGUAAACGGUGCGAGUUCUGAUUCUCCCGACCAGUCGCCGCUUUAUCCCGUGGAGGCGAACGAGGACGAAGAGAACGUCGGCGAGGGUCUAGUUCUUGCGCGAUGUCUUAUGAGGCGGGAAGGCGACAUGUUGUGCGCACACUCAGAGGCUGGGCAUCAGCAGCCCAACAUUCACGUCCGGGGUCGACCACGUGUCAAGCCGCCGACAAUAAGGACGUUUACAGCCAGACGUGGUUCACACUACACUGCUGUAAACUAG